AAGGAACAGAACCUGUCACGCGGUAUGACCAUGCGGAAGUAGACAGUCUGACAGACAGAGUCGUCGUGUUUUAGCGGAAAGUAAUAAACAACCAACUAUUAGAUAGAUACCUGCGGCCGUGUACACACUACACGCUGUCAAUGGUCAGGAUGAGUGUGAAGCAGUGUCUAGAGGGUCAGGUGUACUCUGUGCCUCUGAUACAGUCAGACCUGAGGAGGGAGGAGGCUGUUCACCAGAUAGCAGACACCCUGCUCUACCUAGAGACUAUCUCUACUGACAUCUUUACCAGAGUGUCUGAGAGUGUAGAGCGGAACCGCUGUCAGCUGCAGAGUGUGACAGAUCGAAUCAGGCUAGCCCAGGCCCGUGUCAACAAGAUCAAAGGUAGCAAGAAGGCCACCAAGGUGUUCUCCAGUGCUAAGUAUCCAGCUCCAGAGCGUCUCCAGGAUUACUCCUCCAUCUUCAGUGGAGCCACAGACCCUGCCUCCCAGACACGCCCCCGAUACCGCAUACAGGCCAAACUACGACCCCUUGACGACAAGGCCCUGCAGGAGAAGUUGUGUUAUUACCCGGUGUGUGUGAGCAGUAAGAAGCGUUCGGAGGAUGAGACCGAAGAGGGGCUGGGCGGUCUGCCUCGAAACAUAUCCUCUGUCAGCUCCCUGCUGCUGUUCAAUACUACAGAGAACCUGUAUAAGAAAUAUGUGUUCCUGGACCCCCUGGCGGGGGCGGUGACUAAAACACACACCACUCUGGAGACAGAGAAGCAAGAGAAACCAUUUGACGCUCCCCUAUCCAUAACCAAGAGAGAACAGCUGGAGAGACAGACAGCAGAGAGCUACUUCUAUGUUCCAGACCUGGGUCAGGUCCCAGAGAUAGACGUCCCCUCCUACCUACCAGACCUGCCAGGCAUUGCUGACGACCUGUCCUACAGCCAAGACCUGGGGCCCGGCAUCGCACCCUCUGGACCCACACACACCUUCCCUGAACUACCCUCCUUCUCUGGGGAGGACAUGCCCGGUUCUCAAUUCCAAGUUGCAGUCCCGCCUCCUCCCCCACCUCCCCCUCCCCCCACCACCAGAGCCCACACAUAUCCCCACCCCUCCCCCUGGUCUCCCCCUCCUCCACCUCCUCCCCCACCAGAGCCUGCAAAUAGCCCUGCAGACACCAGCACAGCUCCUGUAGUGGGCGCUCCCAGCGAGGUGGUUGAAUCAAACAGCCGGGCCAGUCUACUAGAGUCCAUACGCAACGCUGGAGGCAUCGGAAAGGCCAAACUACGCAACGUCAAAGAACGCAAGAUGGAGAAAAAAAAACAGAAGGAGCAGGAACAAGUGGUAGCAGCAGCCAGUGGAGGAGACUUCAUGUCAGAUCUCUUCAAUAAGUUGGCCAUGCGAAGGAAAGGUAUCUCUGGUAAGGGUCCUGUAGGCGGGGACUCAGGGGAGGGCCCAGCUGGAUCUGGCAGCGCAUUCGCUAGGAUGUCCGAUGUAAUCCCACCUCUUCCUGCCCCCCAUCAGCCAACCACUGAAGACGAGGAAGACUGGGAGGCCUGAGACUAGCCAAUCAGAACCAAUGGAACUCUGAGCACAUCUAGCUCUAAGCCAAUCAAA